AUGUCGCUAAAGAAAUGGCUAAGUGGUAGCUCAUAUAAUGCUGAUAAGGAUCCUAUUUUGUCAUCAUCCACAACUCCACCAAACGCCAUACUAGCAAACAAUAAUGUAUCUAAACAAGAUCAAAACAAUUCAAGUUCCUCAUCAGUGUCUAGUCAUCCGGAGAAACAACAUGAUGUUUAUAUCAUCGAAGAAAAUGAAGAUGAGGAUAAAGACUCUCAAGCUCAAAUAUUUGAUAUGAAUGACAUCAACCCAGAUUUCCCAUAUGGUGAUGGAUCUGAUAAGAUUUUUGGUAUGGAAAAUUUUGGAAACACAUGUUAUUGUAACUCAAUUGUUCAAUGUCUUUACUAUACAAAAGCUUUUAGAUUGGAGAUACUUUCAAAUCCUAAAAGGGAACAAAUCAAUCAACCAAGAGUAAGGAAAUCAUCCAUGCCUGGCUUAAAACCUCACAUUGCAGUUACUGCCAAUGCAAACAAUAAUGAAAAUGAGCAUAAUAAUAACAAUAACAGCUCCAGCUAUGAAAUAAAGAACAUAAGAAUGUCAUUUGGAAGAAGAAGUUCAAGUUUUUUCGGAAGAAAUAAAAAGCAAAGUUUAACUGAUGAAGAAGUUGAACAUGCUAAUGCCCAAGUACAUGAUCAACAACAACAGCAACAACAACAACCAAAUGGACAACAUGUAACAGUGACAACAAUACCCAACAUCAAAUCAAACUCUAAUAAUGUUAUUGUUGGUAAAGUUGAUGAUGUAAAUGCAAAUGUUGAUGCGAGAAAAAGAGCUGCAUUACAAAAAGGUCCAAUAAUAAACUUGGAUCAUUCAUUAGUUGAUUACAACAUGAAGAAUUCAUUAUACACUGCAUUGAAAGACUUAUUUGAAAGUAUGAUUGAACAUGAAUCUAAAACAGGUGUUGUUUCACCAUCUCAUUUAGUGGAAACUUUGAAGAAAGAGAAUGAAUUAUUUAGAAGUACAAUGCAUCAAGAUGCUCAUGAAUUUUUGAAUUUUUUAUUGAAUGAAGUUAUUGAUACGAUUAAUAACUUGCAUCAUUGUCGGAAAAAUGCACUACAUGAUUUAUUUGAAGGAUUAUUAACAAAUCAAACAAAAUGUUUAACUUGUGAAAAUGUCUCUAGUCGUGAUGAAACUUUUUUGGAUCUAAGUAUUGAUUUAACAGAUAAUGAAACUUUGGAAACUUGCUUAAAGCAAUUUUCUGCAAGUGAAAUGUUGAAUGGUAGUAAUAAAUUCUAUUGUGAUAAUUGUCAUUCAUUACAAGAGGCUGAGAAAAAAAUGGGAUUAAGAAAAUUGCCUAAAAUAUUGGCUUUACAUUUGAAAAGAUUCAAAUAUAGUGAAGAACAACAACGGAAUGUUAAAUUGUUUCAAAAAAUCAAAUAUCCAUUAUAUUUUAAACUAGAGAGUGAUAUACCUGCUGAAAAGAAAGAGGAUGGAUUGAAAUUUUAUCAACUUUAUGGAGUUGUUGUACAUAUUGGUGGUGGACCUCAUCAUGGUCAUUAUGUUGCUUUAGUGAAGACUAUUCAACAUGGUUGGUUAUUAUUUGAUGAUGAAACCGUGGAAAAGAUUGAUGAGAAAUUUGUGCUUAGAUUCACUGGUGAUAGUCCUGAUUUAGCUACAGCUUAUGUUUUAUUUUAUCAAGAAAUUUCAGAAGAGAAAUAUGAACAAGUUAUUAAUAAACCUGUUGAAGAGGAUGUUAAAGUUUCCGAGAAGGAUGAAAUUCAAGAAAAGGUGAUUAGAGUCAAUUCAAAUAAUAAUUCAAUCAGCUCAAGUCAACCUUCAACUAUAUCAUCAGAUACCAACAAACCAAUAAGACCACCUCCAGUGUCAGUAGUGGAACCUCAAGAUAAGAACAGAUUAAGAACUCCAAGUUUAUCAAGCAUUGCAAGAUUGAAAUCCAAAUCUUCUCAAAAUACAGUUACAACUACAUCAACACCUGCUAGCUCAAUAUCAGCGCCUCAAGUUCCCCUGGCCAAAAAUGUUAAUGAUGCCAAUACAUUAGAUACACCAACACCAACACCUUCCAAUCCACAGCCAAUUACACCAACUAAUAAUAAUCCACAAUCAACAUCAACAUCAUCUUCAUUUUGGAGAAAGAAGGAAAAAGAAUCAAAAGUGGGAAGUGUUGAAGAUAAAGAGAAGGAGAAAAAGAAGAAUAGAAUGAGUAUGAGUUUUGGGUUUAAAAAGAAUAAUAAUUAGAU